UUUGUCUGCAUUAUAUUCUCUCUUUAUUUUCUCUUUUACACACACAUAAAAGCACUAGUGAUCAGCAAAGAAGUCGGUGACAAACGAGGAGAAGCAGCAGAUUACGGAAAUCUAGGAGCUGUGUUUCAAUCUGUUGGUCAAUAUACCAAGGCUGAAGAAUACCUUCAAAAAGCACUAGUGAUGAGGAAAGAAAUCGGUGACAAGCAAGGAGAAGCAUCUGCUUACGGAAAUCUAGGAGCUGUGUUUCUUUCUGUUGCUCAAUAUACCAAGGCUGAAGAAUACCUUCAAAAAGCACUAGUGAUCACGAAAGAAAUCGGUGACAAACAAGGAGAAGCAUCUGCUUACGGAAAUCUAGGAGCUGUGUUUCAAUCUGUUGGUCAAUAUACCGAGGCUAGAAAAUACCUUCAAAAAGCUUUAGUGAUGAGGAAAGAAAUCGGUGACAAGCAAGGAGAAGCAUCUGCUUACGGAAAUCUAGGAGCUGUGUUUCUUUCUGUUGCUCAAUAUACCAAGGCUGAAGAAUACCUUCAAAAAGCACUGGUGAUCACGAAAGAAAUCGGUGACAAACAAGGAGAAGCAUCUGCUUACGGAAAUCUAGGAACUGUGUUUAAAUCUGUUGGUCAAUAUACCGAGGCUGAAGAAUACCUUCAAAAAGCACUAGUGAUCAGGAAAGAAAUCGGUGACAAAAAAGGAGAAGCAGCAGAUUACGGAAAUCUAGGAACUGUGUUUAUUUCUGUUGGUCAAUAUACCAAGGCUAGAGAAUACCUUCAAAAAGCACUAGUGAUCAGCGAAGAAAUCGGUGACAAACAAGGAGAAGCAUCUGCUUACGGAAAUCUAGGAACUGUGUUUAAAUCUGUUGGUCAAUAUAUCGAGGCUAGAAGAUACCUUGAAGAAGCACUAGUGAUCAGGAAAGAAAUCGGUGACAAACAAGGAGAAGCACUUGCUUACGGAAAUCUAGGAACUGUGUUUAAAUCUGUUGGUCAAUAUACCGAGGCUAGAAAAUACCUUCAAAAAGCACUAGUGAUCAGGAAAGAAAUCGGUGACAAACUAGGAGAAGCAGCAGAUUACGGAAAUUUAGGAGCUGUGUUUCAAUCUGUUGGUCAAUAUAGCAAGGCUGAAGAAUACCUUCAAAAAGCACUAGUGAUCAGCAAAGAAAUCGGUGACAAACAAGGAGAAGCAUCUGCUUACGGAAAUCUAGGAACUGUGUUUAAAUCUGUUGGUCAAUAUACCAAGGCUGAAGAAUACCUUCAAAAAGCACUAGUGAUGAGGAAAGAAAUCGGUGACAAGCAAGGAGAAUCAUCUGCUUACGGAAAUCUAGGAACUGUGUUUCAAUCUGUUGGUCAAUAUAGCAAGGCUGAAGAAUACCUUCAAAAAGCACUAGUGAUCAGCAAAGAAAUCGGUGACAAACAAGGAGAAGCAUCUGCUUACGGAAAUCUAGGAACUGUGUUUAAAUCUGUUCGUCUAUAUAUCGAGGCUAGAACAUACCUUGAAGAAGCACUAGUGAUCAGGAAAGAAAUCGGUGACAAACAAGGAGAAGCACUUGCUUACGGAAAUCUAGGAACUGUGUUUAAAUCUGUUGGUCAAUAUACCAGGGCUGAAGAAUACCUUCAAAGAGCACUAGUGAUCAGGAAAGAAAUCGGUGACAAACUAGGAGAAGCAGCAGAUUACGGAAAUUUAGGAGCUGUGUUUCAAUCUGUUGGUCAAUAUACCAAGGCUGAAGAAUACCUUCAAAAAGCACUAGUGAUCAGCAAAGAAAUCGGUGACAAGCAAGGAGAAUCAUCUGCUUACGGAAAUCUAGGAACUGUGUUUCAAUCUGUUGGUCAAUAUAGCAAGGCUGAAGAAUACCUUCAAAAAGCACUAGUGAUCAGCAAAGAAAUCGGUGACAAACAAGGAGAAGCAUCUGCUUACGGAAAUCUAGGAACUGUGUUUAAAUCUGUUGGUCAAUAUACCGAGGCUGAAGAAUACCUUCAAAAAGCACUAGUGAUCAGGAAAGAAAUCGGUGACAAACAAGGAGAAGCAGCAGAUUACGGAAAUUUAGGAACUAUGUUUCAAUCUGUUGGUCAAUAUAGCAAGGCUGAAGAAUACCUUCAAAAAGCACUAGUGAUCAGGAAAGAAAUCGGUGACAAACUAGGAGAAGCAGCAGAUUACGGAAAUUUAGGAACUAUGUUUCAAUCUGUUGGUCAAUAUACCAAGGCUGAAGAAUACCAGGGCUUGAAAUAACUAUUGGGCAGGCGCCGGACACAUUGUCCGGUCAAAAGUGAUUUUGCUCGGACAUAGGCAUUUUUGGCCGGACAAAUUUAAUCCAUCUUAACUAGUUGCAAUGGAGGCUCCAUUUUGCAAGUUACAUGAUCUGUGUCAUUUUCAGCAACGGCAACUCUAGUUACUCAAAACAAAUCGAGUGUGCAAAAAAUUAGAAGUUGUAGUUUUAUUACUCUUUGUUCUGUUACAUUGUAAGUCAGACACGUGGAUUGCAAGACACAACCUCAUCGUUAACGUUUGGUUGAAACCUGACCAAAUCACUAACAAAACGUAACCGUCAACUUUAUAGUACAACAUUUACAUUUUAGCAAAUGCUGCUUUGUUUCUACAAAUAAUUUCAAUCUCUCAAUUAACACGAUAAUAAACGCUAUUAAACUUUCAGCUCAUAUAAUUUUGUUGGUUAACGUUUCUUUUGAGUGUAAUAUACAUUUUGUAAAUUCUCCGUUACAUCUCUUACACGUUGCGCAAUGAAAAUAAUCGUAUCCUUCGGUGCGACCUGCUGGCCGAAGUAACAUCGCCAUUCGCACAAAAAAUCGUGGUAGUGGGCAUUCAUUGGCAUUUGAAUGCGUUAAAACUUAUACAUAAUGUAUUUCAAAGAGAACAGGGUGAUGAAUGUUGAGUUAACCUUAGUCGUUUAGUGAUAAACACGCAACAAAUUUACGGACAGGGCGAAAUAAAGACAAACUCUAUUUUUAUGUUUACUUCAUUAACACUCAAAGCCUUUUAUUUUAAUGUUACAUUUGUGAAGUUUUAUUGGAGCAAGAGGGUGACCUAAUUCAUUAUACUGUCACUCUGGGUCUUUCUUUUUUCGCUCUUGUUGGCACCAGAUGCUAUGCGGGUUAUUUUCGGCGCAGCGGGGCGUGCAAUCUUGAGCACUUUACAACACGCACAGCAGUAGCCAAUUUGCGGUCGCGACUGACAACAGGAAAUGUCAUCAAUUUCACAAACAAAAGUCCCUCUAGUUAAUAUCUUUUUUGGGAACAUGAUAAGAUUGAAUAAAUUUCCAUCAUGAUUGUCUCAAACUUGAAUUUUCUUUGAAAGCCCAAAUGACCGGACAACAUGUCCGGUCAUCCACGGAUUUGCUCGGACAAUGCUCGAUUCUGACCGGACAUUGUCCGUUGACCAGCCGUUAUUUCAAGCCCUGAAUACCUUUAAAAAGCACUAGUGAUCAGCAAAGAAAUCGGUGACAAACAAGGAGAAGCACUUGCUUACGGAAAUAUAGGAAAUGUGUUUCAAUCUGUUGGUCAAUAUACCAAGGCUGAAGAAUACCUUCAAAAAGCACUAGUGAUCAAGAAAGAAAUCGGUGACAAAGAAGGAGAAGCAUCUGCUUACGGAAAUCUAGGAACUGUGUUUCAAUCUGUUGGUCAAUAUACCAAGGCCGAAGAAUACCUUCAAAAAGCACUAGUGAUCAUGAAAGAAAUCGGAGACAAAGCUGGUGUUGGAGCUUCAUACUUAAAUCUGGGAAAACUUUGUCGAGAACUUCAACUUACUGCAAAGAGUCAAGAAUUUGCUAAUAAAGCACUUCAGAUAAGUUACAAAAUAGGGGACAUUGAACUGCAGUUUAACAGCCACCUUACCAUUGCUCUGAACGAGUUAGUGGCAGGAGGAAGCAUAACUGAACUUCUGCGAAAUCUGCGUGAAAGCAUUCAGAAGUGUGAAGAAAUGCAUGAUUUUUUAAGAAAGAAAUAUCAAUUCAAAAUUUCUUUUUUUGAUGAGCAUGUGUCCCCUUACAUUCUUCUUUGUAGGUUGUUAAUUGCUACAGGCCGUUAUUAUGAAGGUCUUUACGUUGCCGAGCUUGGACGAUCCAGAGCACUGACAGACGUACUUUCAGAUAAUUACUCUGUGGAAAAAGGGGUAUCAGUCAACCCACAGUCAUGGAUUGGUAUGGAGAACAUUAUGAACAAAAAUGGACUUAGUACUUGUCUUUAUGUUUCCUGCUUCGGUGAUAAUAUGUACUUUUGGAUCCUCAAGCCAAACAAAAUGAUAGUUUUUCGACAAACGAGACUCAAAGAAAGUGCAGAUAAAGUGUUUGGAAAUCAGACAUUUGGUGGCUCCCUUGAUUUACGUCAAGACCAAUGCGAAGAUCGAUCAUUAUUUUCACGUGUAACUUCCCCGCUAUCAUGGAAACAAUCUCAGAGUGAAGAGGAAGACGAAAAUCCUGACUCUAAACCUUUAACCCUUGCUGACGGUUACAACAUGAUAGUCGCUCAUAUAGCUGACUUACUCCAAGAAUCAGAAAUCAUUAUUAUACCGGAUAAGUUGUUGUAUCCAAUUCCUUUUGCUGCUUUAAUAGAUGGUAAUGGAAAGUAUUUAUCGGAUACUUUCAGGAUUCGUAUUGUCCCUUCCUUGACGACUCUUAAGUUGAUUCAGCUCAGCCCAGUAGACUACCAUAGUAAAACCGGUGCACUGAUCGUAGGGGAGCCAGACGUGAGUGAUGUAUACUACCAAGGAAAAAUUCUACAGUUAAACCCACUACCUGGGGCGAGAAAGGAAGCAGAGAUGAUUGGGCGACUGCUCGGUGUUCAACCGUUGCUUGGAAAGGAUGCAACUAAGCAGGCAGUCCUGGAAAGCAUGCAUUCAGUAAGUCUCAUUCACUUCGCUGCUCAUGGUUAUGCCGAACGUGGAGAAAUAGCUCUUUCCCCUAGAAGCUCCCGCGGAACUCCACACGAAGAAGACUACUUAUUAACGAUGGCUGAAAUUUCACAAGUUCGACUAACAGCCAAGCUGGUUGUCCUUAGCUGCUGUCAUAGUGCAUGUGGUCAGAGUAGAGCUGAGGGAAUUGUUGGAAUCGCUCGAGCAUUUCUAGCAUCGGGUGCACGCGCCGUGCUGGCAGCACUGUGCGCUGUAGAGGACAAAGCUACCAUGUGGUUUAUGAAUCGUUUUUACGAGCACCUUGUUCGUGGUGAAAGUGCCAGUGAAUCUCUUCAUCAGGCCAUGAAGUCGAUGAGAGAGACUCGCUUUUCUGACAUCAUGCAGUGGGCACCCUUUAUGCUGAUUGGAGAUAAUGUGACAUUGAAAGGUUUGUAUUUGAUA